AUGGCUGCAGGAGACCCAACCUCAGGCCACCUGCAUGGAGAGAAGCAGCUGCCAGCUUUCACCUGGGAAGUGAGAGCCAAUGACAGGAACUACCAGAAGCAGUUCAAGAAGACAUUUGCCUUCUGCCUGACCAGGAAGAAAUACAGGUUGGGCCAGUGGUGUAAAAAACUUCUCCUUCUCCAGACCUUCCCUGAGAUCUCCACUGUGCCCUGGUACACUCUGCUCCUGCCCCUGAGCUGCCUCCUCACCAUCCGGGGUCUGCGAGACCUGAUUGAUGACAUUGGCCGUCACCAAAGUGACCGAAACAUCAACAACAGACCAUGUGAAAUCCUGUCUGGGAAGAGCUUCCAGUGGCAGAGGUGGUGCGACCUGCGCGUGGGGGACGUGGUGCGGCUGCGCAAGGACAGCGCUGUCCCGGCUGACAUGCUCCUGCUGUGCAGCUCAGAGCCCAGCAGCCUCUGCUAUGUGGAGACCACUGACAUUGAUGGGGAAACGAACCUGAAGUUCAGACAAGCCCUCCUGGUGACCCACCAGGAGCUGGUGAGUGAGGAGAGCAUGGCUGCCUUUGAUGGGCGGGUGAGCUGUGAGGAGCCCACCAGCCGCAUGCACAGCUUCACGGGCACCCUGGCCUGGAGGGGCCAGACCCACGGGCUGGACAACCAGAAGCUGCUGCUGCGCGGCUGCCGCGUCCGCAACACCCGCCUGUGCUACGGGCUGGUCAUCUAUGCAGGAUUUGAUUCCAAAAUUAUGAGGAACUGUGGCAAGAUCAAGAGGAAGAAAACCAAGCUAGACCACAUGAUGGACCGGCUGGUGAUCAUAAUCUUCCUGGUGCUGUUGGUCACGUCGCUGUGUCUUGCCAUUGCCUCUGGGUUCUGGGCCAGGACGUUCCAGGAGAAGCACAGUUACCUCUCUGCUUUCUACAAGAACACCACUCCUGUCCAGCAGGCCUUCUUCAGCUUCUGGGGCUUCACCAUCCUCCUGAGCAUCAUCAUCCCCAUGUCCAUGUAUAUCACGUUUGAAUUCAUCUACCUGGUCAACAGCUGCUUCAUCAACUGGGACCUGGAGAUGUAUUAUCCUGCCAAGGACAUUCCAGCAAAAGCCAGAAGCACCAGCCUCAACGAUCAGCUUGGCCAGGUUGAAUAUAUCUUCUCAGACAAGACUGGCACCUUGACACAGAACAUCAUGAGCUUCAAGAAGUGCUGCAUCAACGGGACCAUCUAUGGUCCAGGCACAGGCCAGGAGAGCAAAGAGCCACGGGGGUUGAGCUCCACCUGGAGCCACCACGGGGAGAAGAAGUUGGAGUUUUGUGACCCCACGUUGCUGGCAGCCACCCAGCAGGACCGUGACCCCGUGCUGAGGGAGUUCCUGAGGCUGCUGGCCCUCUGCCACACUGUCAUGGUGGAGGAGAAGGAUGACCAGCUGGUUUAUCAGGCAGCUUCACCAGAUGAAGAAGCCCUGGUGUGGGCAGCCAGGAGCUUGGGGUAUGUCUUCCUGGCCCGCACACAAGACACCAUCACCAUCAGUGAGCUGGGGCAGAAGAGGACCUACCAAGUGCUGGCCAUGCUGGACUUCAACAGCGAUCGCAAGAGGAUGUCUGUCCUGGUGCGGGACCCCCAGGGCACCAUCCGGCUCUACACCAAGGGGGCUGACACGGUCAUCCUGGAGAGGCUGCAGAGGAGAGGACCCCGUGAGACCAUCACCGAGAUGGCUCUGGAUCGCUUUGCAGAGGAGACACUGAGGACUUUGUGCUUGGCCAGCAAGGAGGUGAGCGAGGCUGAGUAUGGUGUGUGGAGCAGAAGGCACCAGGAGGCCAGUGUCCUGCUGCAGGGCCGGGCACAGGAGCUGGACAAGCUGUACGAGGAGAUGGAGCAGAACCUGCAGCUGCUCGGGGCCACGGCCAUUGAGGACAAGUUGCAAGAUGGGGUCCCUGAGACCAUCCAAAGGCUGAAACUGGGCAACAUCAAAGUGUGGGUGCUGACAGGAGACAAACAAGAGACUGCAGUGAACAUUGGCUAUGCCUGCAAACUGCUGACAGAUGACAUGGAGAUCCUGGAGGAGAAGGAGAUCAGUGAGAUCCUCCAGGCUCACUGGGUGAGCAACAACAACUGGGUGAGCAGGGAGGUCCCGUGUGGUGACCACGUCUCCCAGCAGAGCCCCAAGGCUUCAUCCCACAAGAAGAGAGCCCUGAUCAUCAAUGGGGACUUCCUGGACCAGAUCCUCCAGACGGGAGAGGUGCUGAAGGAGAAGAAGGGGUGGCUGUGGGGGUGGCUGGAUGGCUGCAGGGCCACGGACUCGCAGGAGCAGGGCAGGCUGGUGGAGAAGGCCUUUGUGGACUUGGCCACCAGCUGCCAGGCAGUGAUCUGCUGCAGAGUGACCCCCAAGCAGAAAGCCCUGAUGGUGCAGCUGGUGAAGAAGCACAAGAAGGCCAUCACCUUGGCCAUUGGGGAUGGGGCCAACGAUGUCAACAUGAUCAAAACUGCUGACGUGGGGGUGGGCAUCAGCGGGCAGGAGGGGCUGCAGGCUGUGCAGUGCAGCCACGACGCCCUGGCCCAGUUCUCCUUCCCCCAGCGCCUCCUGCUCGUCCACGGCCGCUGGUCCUACCUGCGGGUCUGCAAGUUCCUCCGCUACUUCUUCUACAAGACCUUUGCUGGCCUGAUGGCCCAGCUCUGGUUCGCUUUCCACAGCGGGUUCACAGCCCAGCCGCUGUACGAGGGCUGGUUCCUGGCUCUCUACAACAUCUUCUACACUGCCUACCCUGUGCUGGCCGUGGGUCUUCUGGAGCAGGAUGUGAGUGCCAAGAAGAGCCUGGAGUUCCCUGAGCUCUACGUGGUCGGGCAGCAGGACGAGCUCUUCAACUACCGAGUGUUUGGUGUCACCUUCCUGCACGGGGCCAGCACCUCACUUGCCAGCUUCUACAUUGCACUCUGGGCCUUCCAGGACCACGUUGGCACCAAGGUUGUUGGUGACUACGAGUCCUUCUCUGUCACAGUGGCCACAUCAGCAUUGCUGUCAGUCCUCAUGGAGAUCAUCCUGGACACCAAGUUCUGGACAGUGCUGUCCUUCCUGACGGUCACAGCCAGCCUGCUGCUCUUCUGCCUCUUCUCCUUCCUGACCCAAAGCAUUGGUGCCUUCAGGGCAGCCCCUGCCAUCUUCCGCUUCCCAGAUGCCAGCCAGAACGCCCUGACCGACCCCUACGUCCUGCUCGUGGUCCUGCUGGCCCUGGUGGUCAACACCAUCCCCUCUCUCACUGUCCGCUCCUACUGCGCCCUCGUGGGCAAAACCACCACCCAGCAGGUGAGGGGUGGCCACAGCCCUGAUCUCCUCAUCUCCUUGCAGAAGAUCUGCCUGCAGGCCCGGCGGGACCCCCAGCCCUCGGUGGAGUUGGUCGCCCAUGUCCCCCGCGGCUCCUUCCGCCGCCGCUCCAGCUACGCCUUCUCCCACCAGGAGGGCUACGGGGGGCUCAUCACCCGGGGGGACAGUCUGCGUGCCAGGGGGACCCCCCGCUGCCCUGCCCCACCUCCUCUGCACCCAGAGAUGACCCCGGCUUUGUCUCCCCUCCCCAAGACCUCCUGGUAG